UCUCAUCAUCUCAUCUCAUACCCACCAUGAUCCGCAAACAGACCAGAGAAAGAAGGGAGUACCUCUACAGAAAGGCGGCCGAGCUCCAGGACGCCAAGCUAACCGAGAAGAGACAACAGUUGAAGGCUGCGUUGGCGUCGGGAAAGCCUCUUUCAAAAGAAUUAGGUGAAGACCAGGACCUCCAGAAAGACUUCGUCUAUGACCAGAGUGAGCAGGUCAACGUCGACGACGAGUAUGCCAGUACCAGUGGGAUCGCUGAUCCCCGGAUUAUUGUGACGACGUCCAGAAACCCGUCCGUGAAGCUUCUGCAGUUCAGCAAGGAAAUUAAGUUGAUGUUCCCCAAUUCCAUCAAAUUGAACAGAGGUAAUUACAUUAUACCUGAACUCAUUGAAUCGUGUCAGAAAUCCGGAAUGAAUGAUAUGAUCGUUUUGCAUGAACACAGAGGGGUGCCAACCUCCAUCACCAUCAACCAUUUCCCCCAUGGUCCUAGCUGCAUUUUCACUCUUCAUAACGUCAAGCUAAGACAUGAUUUACCAGAAAUGGGGAAUGUUUCUGAAAGCUACCCCCACUUAAUAUUCGAAGGGUUUAGCUCCAAGUUGGGAGAACGGGUGGUCCAAGUGUUGAAGCAUUUGUUUCCUCCUGGAGAGAAAAAGAGUAGUUCUCGGGUGAUAACGUUUGUGAAUAAAAAUGACUACAUCUCUGUCAGACACCACAUCUUUGUCAAGACCAAGGACUCGGUCGAGUUGAGUGAGAUCGGGCCCCGUUUUGAAAUGAAGUUGUUUGAGAUGCGGUUGGGUAACAUGGAUAAUAAGGAAAGUGAAGUAGAAUGGCAGUUGAAACGAUUCAUUCGAACCGCCAACCGGAAAAACUACCUCUAGCUAAGAUCUUGUCACGAAACUGAACUCAAAUACAUAGUAUAUACACUGAUAUAAAUAUCUAAUUCUUUUUUAACAUUAGUUGAAAUCAUUAACUUAGGAGCUGCCACUGAGCUCGGUUUUGUUUUGCCGUAAGCAUUCUCCAAUCGACUCAGACACAAGACUUUCGGUGUCGUGGAAAGACUUGCGUUUGGAGUGGAUGUCGUCCUCGCUGUCGGAGGACUCGGGACUGAUGAGAAAUCUGCUCAAGUUGGUGUCGAAUUUUUUAAACCCAUUGGGCCCGACAGCAGCCUUACCCGAAGCCGCCGAGUUCUUUCUGGAAGGCACCAUGCUCUGUGAGAGGUUUUGUUUGAAGGAAGGUCUUUUGGCAAACUCGUCGUUGUUGAUCAAGUCCGCGUAGGAGUAAAACAGAAUCGAGGACUUGGAGCUCGACAACCGUGGUGGCGACGUGGGGGAGAUGGGUUGGUUGAGGCUCUGGCUCUGGGAAAGGUUGGCCAGUUCUAACUCGGGGAUGGCGAUGGGUGGUUGCUGGGGGAUGUUGGGCAGAGAGUUCAACUGGCUCAUCGAGUACACUGAGUUUUUGCGGGAAGGGGCCGGGCGGCCCAACGCCAUGUUGAGGCCGAUGACGCUGGAGUUGCGGCGUGACGAGUAGAUAAUAUCAACAUUGUCCAAGUUGGUGGUAGAGUCGCUCAAAAUGGAGGUGGUGGCAUCCAACGCCGGAGGAAUAUAAUCCUCAUUUUUGAAGUUGGACAACGAGAUGGACAGACCGUGGUGGGGUUUGGACCGCAAACGGGUCAACGGCGGUCUUCUGGAGGAAGGAGACUCGAAUCCGCAAGAGCAGUUAUCUUGGACCGACCGCUCG